UGGAGCUGCUGCUGGAGCUGCUGCUGUAGGAUUUGGCCUCAAUUCCAUGCAGGCAAUCCUUGAGGGAAGAGAGGAGGACGCGGCACCGCUCGUCGCUGGCCACGCGUGACUGCUUGAUGACAGCGAUGGCUCUCUGCUCCCUGCGCCGGCAUCUCCUGUGGCCGCUGAUCCCGCAGCGCGGCUACCGGGGGGAUUCCCCCACGGAUUCCGGGAAGGAUGUGCUGGAGAUCCCGCUGCCCCCCUGGCAGGAGCGUCUGGACGAGCCACUGGACACCAAGAGAGCCCGGCUGCUGUAUGAGAGCAGGAAAAGGGGCAUGCUGGAAAACUGCAUCUUGCUCAGCCUCUUUGCCAAGGAAAACCUGGCGCGCAUGAGCGAGGAGCAGCUGAACCGCUACGACCGCCUCAUCAACGAGCCCAGUAACGACUGGGACAUUUAUUACUGGGCCACUGAAGCGAAGCCCACGCCAACGGAGUUCGACACCGAUGUGAUGGCCAUGCUGAGGGAAUUUGCCAAAAACAGGAACAGGGAGCAGAGGCUCCGGCAGCCGGACCUAGAAUACCUGUUUGAGCCACCACGCUGAGGGAGGGGAUGCCUCUGUCCCCGUUCCCUGGAGUAGCGCAGGGACAUGGGGCUCUGGAAUGGCGUUUCCACCUUCCCUGAGAUUUUCCUCCUCUCCCAGCAGCCUUUGGACACUCGUGGAAUGCUGAAUAAAGCCCUGGCUACCGGCUUUGCCUGGC